CAAGUGGCGGUGCUGGGAUUCGAACCCACGACCUCUGACUCCCAAACCCGGGGUCUUUCCACUGAGCCACGCUCCCCUGGCCCAGUCGACCAGGACUGGUCGUGGGGGGGGCCCAAGGCCCAACGGACAACUACGGACGAGGCAACCGAGGCCCAGAGAAGUGAAGCGACUCGCCCCAGGUCGCGCGACAGACCAGCGACAGAGCGGGGAAUCGGAACCCAUGAUCUUCCGCUUCCAGGGCCGCGCUGCUUUCACCGCCCCCCCCCGUCCCUCCCCGCUCUCCUGCCGCCGUCGGGGUCCUUACCCUCGGCAUCUGACCGCAGGUCCCCGCCGCGGCCCCCGCGAUGCCCAAGCGGAAAGUGACGUUCCAGGAUGCGGGAGCCGAGGACGGGGAGGACGAAGGCGGCCUCCCCAAGAAGAAGCUGGUGGACCCCGUCCUGGGGGCGGGGGGCCCCGGGAGCCGCUUCAAAGGGAAACACUCUCUGGACAGCGACGAGGAGGAUGAGGAGGAGGACGAGUCCAGCAAGUACGACAUCUUGGCCUCGGAAGACGUGGAGGGGCAAGAGGAAGCCACGCUGCCCAGUGAGGGCGGGGUACGGAUCACCCCCUUCAACCUGCAAGAGGAGAUGGAAGAGGGCCACUUCGACUCCGACGGCAACUACUUCCUCCACCGGGAGGCCGAGAUCCGCGACAGUUGGCUGGACAACAUCGACUGGGUGAAAAUCCGAGAGCGGCCUCCCGGCCAGGCCUCGCCCUCCGACUCCGACUCGGACGGGGAGGGUCCCGGGCAGACCCCCCUGGGCCCCCAGGCCCUGCUGGAGGGGCUCCUGGAGCUGCUGUUGCCGGGGGAGACGGUGGCGGGGGCCCUCCGGCGCCUGGGGACCCGCGGCGGCCGGGGUCUCCGCCGGCCGAGCUCCCCUCAGCGCCUGGACCUGCUCUCGGGCCUGGCGGACCAGAUGGUGGCCCGCGGCCACCACGGGGUCUACCAGGAGACCCGGGAGCGGCUGGCCGUCCGGCUGAAGAGGUUGAACGCCCCGGCGUCGACCGCGCCGGAGGCGGCCCCGGCCCCCGCCCUGGACAUGUUUGCCGAGGAGGUCGGAGACGGGGAGCUGGAGACCCCUACCCCCGCCCGGGGAGGAGAGGGGCUGGCCGACCCCGCCGACGUCAUGUGGGAGUACAAGUGGGAGAACACCAGCGACGCCGAACUCUACGGGCCCUUCACCAGCGCCCAGAUGCAAGUCUGGGUGGAGGAGGGCUACUUCCCGGACGGAGUUUACUGUCGGAAGCUGGAUCCCCCGGAGGGUCAGUUCUACAACUCCAAGCGCAUCGACUUCGACCUCUACACUUGAGUCUCGGCGACGGGGAAGCCCGGAGGCGGCCGAGGCGGACGG